GGCUCGCUCGCGGCCUGUACAACCUUCCCCGCAAGCCAUAUUGGGCUCUCCCUCGCGUCUCCCACCCCCGCGUCCUCUGCAGGGAGCCCGCCCCUAGCCAGUUCCGGGGCGGUUGCUCCCACUAACCGGAACUCCCCGCCCCCUCCCGUGGCCUGGGGGCCGUAGGAGGCAGCGGGAGGCUGCAGUGAGGAGGUAGAGGGGGUGGGGGCCGCGUUAGGGGGUCCCUAGAGAACGGGGACCCUGAAGGCAAGUCACUGGGGCGACCCACGGGAGGGGCCAGCCAUUACACAGGCGCACUUCUGUGCCAGGCACUGAACUGGGCUCUUGACGAGCAUCCUCUCUUAAUCCUCAGAACAUCCCAGGGAGAUGGAAAAACCGAGACUCAGGAAGGUUAAAUAGUAUGUUCAGAGCUACAUAGAGAAUGGUAAAGGCUGGACUUGAACCCAGUUCCACAGGGUCCCGUAUCCUGGGCCAUGAGUGAACUGAAGGACUGCCCCUUGCAGUUCCAUGACUUCAAGUCUGUGGACCACCUGAAGGUCUGUCCACGCUACACGGCCGUGCUAGCCCGCUCUGAGGAUGAUGGCAUCGGUAUCGAGGAGCUGGACACUCUGCAGCUGGAGCUUGAGACUCUGCUUUCCUCUGCCAGCCGGCGUCUGCGGGUUCUCGAGGCUGAAACCCAGAUCCUCACUGACUGGCAGGAUAAGAAAGGUGAUCGACGAUUCCUGAAGCUGGGUCGAGACCAUGAGCUUGGAGCUCCCCCAAAACAUGGAAAGCCGAAGAAACAGAAACUGGAAGGGAAGGCGGGACAUGGGCCAGGCCCUGGGCCUGGCCGGCCCAAAUCCAAAAACCUUCAGCCCAAGAUCCAGGAAUAUGAAUUCACUGAUGACCCAAUUGACGUGCCACGGAUCCCCAAGAAUGAUGCCCCCAACAGGUUCUGGGCUUCUGUAGAGCCUUACUGUGCUGAUAUCACCAGUGAGGAAGUGCGCACACUAGAGGAACUACUGAAACCCCCAGAAGAUGAGGCUGAACAUUAUAAGAUCCCACCCUUGGGGAAGCACUACUCCCAGCGAUGGGCACAAGAGGACCUGCUGGAGGAACAGAAGGAUGGGGCCCGGGCAGCAGCCGUGGCUGACAAGAAGAAAGGUCUCAUGGGGCCACUGACUGAACUGGACACUAAAGAUGUGGAUGCCCUGCUGAAAAAGUCUGAGGCCCAGCAUGAGCAGCCGGAAGAUGGGUGCCCCUUUGGUGCUCUGACGCAGCGCCUCCUACAGGCCCUGGUGGAGGAAAAUAUUAUUUCCCCUAUGGAGGACUCUCCUAUUCCUGACAUGUCUGGGAAAGAAUCAGGGGCCGAUGGGGCAAGCACCUCUCCCCGCAACCAGAACAAGCCCUUCAGUGUGCCACAUACCAAGUCCCUGGAGAGCCGCAUCAAGGAGGAGCUGAUUGCCCAGGGCCUGCUGGAGUCGGAGGACCGCCCUGCAGAGGACUCGGAGGAUGAGGUCCUCGCAGAGCUGCGCAAACGGCAGGCCGAGCUGAAGGCGCUCAGUGCCCACAACCGCACCAAGAAGCACGACCUGCUGAGGCUGGCAAAGGAGGAGGUUAGCCGGCAAGAGCUGAGGCAGCGGGUCCGCAUGGCAGACAAUGAGGUCAUGGAUGCCUUCCGGAAGAUCAUGGCUGCCCGGCAGAAGAAGCGGACCCCCACCAAGAAGGAGAAGGACCAGGCCUGGAAGACUCUGAAGGAGCGUGAAAGCAUCCUAAAGCUGCUGGAUGGAUAGCCCUCACUCCUGCCUCAAGCUGCCUUCCUCUGGCCUGGAGGAAGGAGGGGUGGGAAGCCCACUUCCUUCUUUGGGCUACCCCAACCAUAGGCCUGUGGCUGCCUGAAAAUGUCAAAUUGUGACAGUCUCUAGAGGACUGUGGCCUUUCCCUGAGUUCUUUUGGCCUAGCUCUGUAGAGCCAGGAUAUGGGAGGCUCUGUUGGGCUGGCCUGGGGCCUAGUCUGUGCUUCCCCCUCUUUACUAUUCCCCACUCCCACACCUCUCUCCCUCAAGGACUUCUCUCUUGUGGUUUUGUAAAGUGCAAACCUGAAAGUAAAGUGACUGCUGUGAUUUUUUAAAAAGUA